GGGCCGCGCCGCGCGAGCCGUUGGGCCUGGCUCUGAGAAGGCGUUGCCGCUGCCGCCGCCGUUGCCGCCGCCAGGAAACACAAGGAGCGGGAGCUAGCGCAGCGCGACGAUGGGCCGAAGUAGAGCCCCGCCGGAGAGCUCGGGCGGCCGCCGGUGACAGGCUGUGCUCUGUCCACUGCGCUUCCUGCAUGUCCGGCUGCCCUGAGCUGUCCAGAACUAGGUGACAGUGUGUCACGCUGCCACCAUGAACGAAGUGUCUGUCAUCAAGGAAGGCUGGCUCCACAAGCGCGGUGAAUACAUCAAGACCUGGAGACCUCGGUACUUCCUGCUGAAAAGUGACGGCUCCUUCAUCGGCUACAAGGAGCGGCCCGAGGCCCCCGAUCAGACCUUACCCCCCCUCAACAACUUCUCUGUCGCAGAGUGCCAGCUGAUGAAGACGGAGAGGCCGCGGCCCAAUACCUUUGUCAUACGCUGCCUGCAGUGGACCACGGUCAUUGAGAGGACUUUCCACGUAGACUCUCCUGAUGAGAGGGAGGAGUGGAUGAGGGCCAUCCAGAUGGUCGCCAACAGCCUCAAGCAGCGUGGCCCGGGCGAUAGCCCCGUGGACUACAAGUGUGGCUCCCCCAGUGACUCUUCCGCCGCCGAGGAUAUGGAAGUGGCGGUUAGCAAAGCGAGGACCAAGGUGACCAUGAAUGACUUCGACUAUCUCAAACUCCUGGGCAAGGGCACCUUUGGCAAAGUCAUCCUGGUGCGGGAGAAGGCCACCGGCCGCUACUAUGCCAUGAAGAUCCUGCGGAAGGAGGUUAUCAUUGCCAAGGAUGAAGUUGCCCACACGGUCACCGAGAGUCGCGUGCUCCAGAACACCAGGCACCCGUUCCUCACGGCGCUGAAGUACGCCUUCCAGACCCACGACCGCCUGUGCUUCGUGAUGGAGUACGCCAACGGUGGGGAGCUGUUCUUCCACCUGUCCCGGGAGCGCGUCUUCACGGAGGAGCGGGCCCGCUUCUACGGCGCAGAGAUCGUGUCGGCCCUGGAGUACCUGCACUCCAGAGACGUGGUGUAUCGCGACAUCAAGCUGGAAAAUCUCAUGCUGGACAAAGACGGCCACAUCAAGAUCACUGACUUUGGCCUAUGCAAAGAGGGCAUCAGUGACGGGGCCACUAUGAAAACCUUCUGUGGGACCCCCGAGUACCUGGCACCCGAGGUGCUGGAGGACAACGACUACGGCCGGGCCGUGGACUGGUGGGGGCUGGGCGUGGUCAUGUACGAGAUGCUGUGCGGCCGCCUGCCCUUCUACAACCAGGACCACGAGCGCCUCUUCGAGCUCAUCCUCAUGGAGGAGAUCCGCUUCCCGCGCACGCUCAGCCCCGAGGCCAAGUCCCUGCUGGCGGGGCUGCUGAAGAAGGACCCCAAGCAGAGGCUCGGCGGGGGGCCCAGCGAUGCCAAGGAGGUCAUGGAGCACAGGUUCUUCCUCAGCAUCAACUGGCAGGAUGUGGUUCAGAAGAAGCUCCUGCCACCCUUCAAACCUCAGGUCACAUCUGAGGUCGACACAAGGUACUUUGAUGACGAGUUCACCGCCCAGUCCAUCACAAUCACCCCCCCGGACCGCUACGACAGCCUGGGCUCACUUGAACUGGACCAGCGGACCCACUUCCCACAGUUCUCCUACUCGGCCAGCAUCCGCGAGUGAGCGGCGGCCGGCAGAGACGCGCAGGCUGCCAGCACCGCCCGGGCUUCCUUUUCUCUCUUUUUUUAAGUUUUUAUUUUGCCUUUUUUGUUUGUGUCCCCAUCUCUCACCCCCACUUCGUUUUUUCUUGAGCCCUCACCCCGCCUCCCCUCAGCGGUCCCCCUGGGUCCUGUUCUGCCCUUCCCUCUGUGCCCAGGCCAGGAGAAGGGAGACUCCGCCGCCCGCCUCAGGACCCGGCCUUUGGGCGGGUGGAGAGGUCCAGCUUCUGAUCAUCAGAGCCCUGGUGAGGGCCGGGCGUGGUGCCGCGCGGGCCGUCCUGCAGGCCUGGCCGGCCUUCUUGGGGGCCGCCUUCUUGGGGGUGCACGCCCAGCUGGCAGUGCCCUGGUGCUGCCUCCCAUCCCCUGUCGGCUGGGCGGCCUGGCUUGGGGCGGCCUGGCUUGGGGCGGCCAGCCCCUCUUCCACAGGGGCGGAAAAGCAAUAAUGUCCAGGGGCUGGCCCGGGCCUUCAGAAGCUGCAGAUGGCGGCUUAGGGCUCCCUCGUGCGGACAGAGACCACUCUGUCCUGUGAGGAGCCGGGAGGAGCCCAGGUGAUGGGCGCCUGCCCGGCCCGGCCCCCAAGCUGCUCUCCUGACCCUGUGAGGAGGCAGGAGGAACAUUUGGGGGCUAGUUUCCCCACCCCCAGCCCCGUGCCUUACCAAGGCUUCCUUCCGGCCGGCCUUGCCUCCCGCUGGGCCCCAGGCCUGGCCCCUGGUCCCUGAGGACCGAGGCCAGGGUCGCUCGCCCUCUCGCUGUCUAGGUGGGGAGGGGCGCCAGCCUCGCUGUUACACGUCCUCGCUGUUACACGUCUCAUACCGAGACAGUAUUGGGCCCCGUAGAGCAGGGUGGAGGAGGGGUGGGGUGUCUGGUACGUCUUGGGGUGGGAGGCCUCUGAGGAGGAGGCUUCAGACCACCCCGCAGCCCCUCUCUGGGCCACGUUCUGCAGCCUUAAGGUGAAUGUGUCAGUGCUCGGCACGCAUGUGUGUGUCUCAGACCACGUGUCCUGGGGCUCCCGUGCGUCUGGGACGUAAGACACGUGGUGCGCGUGGCGUGCGUGUUGGGUGUGUGUGCGAGGACAGGUACGUCCCAGCCUCAAGUGUGCGCGCGUGUGUGGGCUUGGGCCUGUCCCGGCCUGAGCAUCUCACCCCCGGAGGGGAUGCUGUCCUAGGAGGGGGCUGCACCCGAGGUCCUACUUGCUGCCCUGCCUCCCCCCCCCCAACAUCUCCGGGUGUUUGGAUUUAGUUUUUGUGGUUUUGAUCUCCCCACCCCACCUCCUGUAAUAGGUAGUUCACAGAAAGACAUCCUGGGGUGGGAUGGGGGUUGGUUUGGGUGGGGGAUGUCUUUUCCUUUGUGUGUAUAUGUUUAUCUGAGAGUUCUCCCUCCUCCCCGGCCUUCCCCCAGUCCUUGGAUUUGUACGGUACAAGCAAUAAAGACACUCGUUUCAGA